UUAAUUACGGGAUUUUCUGGAAAGAGGCCAAAUGAUGAUGAGCUGCCUUGCAGUGAGUCUCUUACAGCUUAGCAAUCUAAGCCAAGACUGGUCACGUGUGUUUAAGUUAUUCAUUCUCGCAGCAUUGUUUUGGACUGUGUUUAAGUUUCUAAAAUAUGUAUAUCCAUAUUGGCGUUUUAGAAACAUUCCAGGACCACCUCCCAAGUGGCCUGUAGGCAACAUUUUUGAACUAUUAAGGAAACCAGGACAGGAACACCGUAUCUUAUUACAGUAUGCGAAGCAAUAUGGUCCUACUUUUCAACUUUGGUAUCUGAACAGACGAACUAUUAUUGUUGCAAACCCUGAAGACGCCAAGUUUGUACUAGCAACGAGAAACUAUCCAAAGUCUCCCAUAUUUUGUCGUUGUUUCUCUCCAUUAGGUCAUGGACUAUUGACCUUGUCUCAGGAAGAACAUCCCGUUCAAAGAAAGGCGAUAUCUCAGCGAUUUAAUGAAGAAUUCCUUCAGUCACUUCAUCAUCAUUUGACUGCAGAGUUGGAAGUCUUUAUGGCUCAAAUGGAUGCCUUGUGUGACACGGAAAGAGUGGUUGAUUUGGAUGCACUGAUUUCUGCGCUAACUUUAGAUGUCAUUGCUCGUACUGCAUUUGGAGUUUCGUUUACCGCUCAAACUUCACAACACCACCCUAUGCCUCAUGCAGUUUUGACUUUGCUCGAUGAGUUGGUGAAUAAUAUGAUUUUUUAUCCAUAUCGCUUUUGGUUAUCUCAUAUUACCCAAAAACGUUUGAAUGAAGCGAUAAAUGUUAUUCGUAAGUUUUGUAAUAUGGUGAUUGAUUUAAGACUGCAAGAGAGUCGAGAAGAAAAGUCUAAUCGAGUGCGUGAUUUAUUGGAUAUAUUUUUAGAGUCUGAUGAAACAAGAGAUAAUGUUAUUGCUCACGUAGCAACCUUCAUGUUGGCUGGUCAUGAUACUACUUCCCACACUUUAUCCUUUUGUAUGUAUGAGAUUGCACAAAAUCGAGACAUAGAGAGAAAGCUUCAAGAAGAGUCGGAUCGAUUCAUUGUCGCGCAAGAUAGAAUAGUUCCAUUUGAUCAAGUUGGACAUUUGGAUUAUACUCGAAUGGUUUGGAAUGAAGCUUUACGAACUCAUCCUGCAGCUGCCAACACUUCUGUUCGUUGUGCAGAUCGAGAUGAUGUAUUACCUGGCAGUGGAAUUCCUAUUACCAAAGGCACGGGAUUGAUGGUUUCUUCUUAUUUGAUUCAUCAUCUUCCACAAUAUUGGGAAAAUCCAGAUCAUUUUAUACCUGAAAGACAUACCAAAGAAGCAGUUCGACAACGAAGUCCUUAUUAUUUUCUACCUUUUAGUAGAGGUAGUAGAAAUUGUAUUGGACAAUUUGUCGCCAAUCAUGAAGCUCUGACAAUUUUAAGCACCAUAUAUAAGCGAUAUGAAAUUAGAUUAGCAGUGGGUGCACAAGAAGUGGAAGAAUAUUUUCGAGUAACUAUGAAGCCUCAUUGUCGAUUCUAUGUACAAGGAAAGAAAGAUCCUUCAUUGGAUGCUCAUUUAGGAUUGCCUGUUAAAAUUUAUUCGAGAAAAUGUUAUUCAUAAAAUGAAUGUUUGUGUGUAAUA